CUCCGGAGAACGAGUGGAAGUGCUACGAUCGUCAUUGGUGCCCCCAACAACACUCCAAUUGAGCAGGGUGUUGCGGUUCGUGGUGUUAGGGACGCCGAUUUUGCCCAUUCCUUGUUUUGGUCUUUGUUCUUAAGCAUGUUUGAGCAGUAGCUUGCUACACUGUGUACUAUUUGCGGCAUCGGUUUGACAUCUCCGAUCACGCUUGAUUGACCUCAAUUCCUCCAGACUUACUCCCUACCUUUCCCCGCCCAACAUGCUUCAGCCUCGGAUGGCCCUGACGGGCCUUCGGCUUCCUUUCAGAUGUCUGUCUUCGGUUAUCCCAUCCCGAGCUUACUCGACUGUUAUCCGCGAACGAGAGAAUCCGUCCGCCGAUGAGUCUUCGAGUCCGAUGUUUGACCCGAGUAUCGCCUUUGCUCCUCCCCCUACUCGUGAUGAUACGGGUAUCCUCCUACGUUCCUACACGCCUCGCACCCCCGGUAUCAGACAUUUGCGCAGACCGGUCAAUGACCACCUGUGGAAAGGACGCCCGGUCCAAAAGUUGACGUUCCCCAAACGUGGUCAAAGCAAGGGUGGUCGAAACAACACUGGUAGAGUGACCGUCCGGCAUCAUGGUGGUGGUCAUAAGCGCCGUAUACGAAUGGUCGAUUUUGCGCGUGCCGCCCCCGGCCCGCACCUGGUGGAGCGCAUUGAACAUGACCCUGGUCGGAGCGCUCACAUCGCCCUUGUCCGUAGUCAGGAGACUCAGAAGCUGAGUUAUAUCUUGGCCGCGGAGGGCAUGCGCGCUGGUGAUGUUGUUCACAGUUUCAUGUCUGGUAUCCCGGAUGAACUCUGGAAGAGCAUGGGAGGUGCUGUAGACCCUGGUGUUCUUGCUGCCAGAACCGCAUGGAGAGGAAAUUGCUUGCCGUUGAACAUGAUGCCCGUCGGUACUCUUGUUUUCAACGUUGGUCUGCGCCCGGGCGAGGGAGGCCAGCUCUGCCGUAGCGCUGGUACUUUUGCAACGGUCCUCGCCAAGGGUAUCGAUAUCAAGGCCAAGCGUGAACAUAACGACGGCCCCGAUGGGGAGGCCGUGGAGAAGAAGCCUCUGACGCAACGCGAGAAGCAAAGAAAGGACCGCAUUUCCCAACAUGUGACCAUCCGUCUACAGAGUGGUGAAAUCCGAUACAUUCACAAGGACUGCUGCGCAACUGUUGGCGUUGCUAGUAACCCCAACCACCAAUAUCGCCAACUCGGAAAGGCUGGUCGGUCCCGUUGGCUGAACAUUCGGCCCACAGUUCGUGGUCUUGCCAUGAACGCAGCCGAACAUCCUCAUGGUGGUGGUCGAGGCAAGUCGAAGGGUAACGUUGACCCGAAGAGUCCUUGGGGUUUGCCGGCGAAAUCCGGCUACAAGACUCGUCCCAAGUGGAAGAUCAACAAGGCUGUGGUUACCCCAAGAGAGCGCAACCAUGGCAAGCGUCGUCGUGGAUACCACUGAACAAUCGCGAUCAUGUACAUUCUCCCUUGUUCCUUGCUCUUCCUUAUGGCAAUAUUACGGUUUUUCUCAGAAUGAAUCCAUCACCAUUCAGGCUAAGAGCUGGGUGAAGCAGAGCACGGAUACUCCGAAAUCUUUCAUAUCUCCGCAAGGCGCUUUCAAUUUGUGCUUGGCUUCAGAUUGUGGGGGACUCAUCGCCUUUUCAUCUUGUUGUAUUAUACUUAGUUCUGUCUUGGCUACUAUAGAGGGCUCCAGCUGUCUAUACUCCAGCCACUCUGCUUCUCAUCGCGGUACCCUUCAUGUCUCUUUAUGCUCCGGCGUUUCUCUUGUACACUACAUGGGGUUAGAAUACAAUCCUUCUACAUU